CCGUGAUGUUGAUUGUUUUUUUUUAUUAUUUAAAACUAAUUAAGUAAAUAUCUAUACCAUGUCUUAAUAAUAAUGUUAAUUUAAGAACCAAUACAAUGGCCGUAAAUGCUCCUGACUCUCCCAUACAGGCCGAAGUAAUUUUUGUGAUAGAAGCUACAUCAGCGAACAGCGCGUAUAUAAGUGAAUUAAAAACUAAUUAUAUCGUACCAACACUAGAAUAUUUUCAUGGCGGUGCACUUGAGGAAGGUGCAGGUAGCGGUUCAGUCUACGGUAUCGUGACAUAUCUAGCAGCAGACUGCCAUCCUGGCCUGCCUGUCUCCACCUACGGUCCCUUCACCUGCCCACAGACCGUUGUCGAAACAGUUGAUAAAUUACAAUUUAUAGGAGGUCAUGCGGAAAGUCGGGCAUGUGUGACCGAAGCAUUAACAGCCGCACUCGCUUGCUUAGAAGAGCUGGGCCGUUCGGAUGUCCCCCUCCAUGUUAUACUCCUGUGUUGUUCGCCCCCUUAUUCAGCAAAUGCAGGGGGGCUGGUUCCACCUGGAGCACCCGCUACAGUAGAACAAGCAGCAAGGCUAGUCGGAGAGCGCGGCGCGCAGCUGUCCGUAGCGGCGGCGAAGAAACUACCCGCACUACUAGCGCUGUACGAGCACGCAGGGGGGGAGCUACAUGCUGCUCAGCAAAGAAAUUAUGCUAAGGAUCCAAGGCAUUUGGUGCUGCUGCGGGGUUACAGUCUCAAGGAGCGUCCCCCCAGCCCGGCGCCGCCGCCCGCGCCCGACGUGCAACCAGACGUGUAUGGACAAAACCGCACCGUCGUUCCUCAACCAAGGGUACCACCAGCGCAGUUCCAACGUGCAGCCGUCCCACAAGUUAGAAGUAACUGGCUGGCCCCUCCUCGACAGCCACCCUACGCGAACUCAGCGCUACUGACGCAGCUAGCUCAACCCUCAAACCCUCCACCUCCUACGCAGGCCAGCAUGCAGCGGCUGCAGGGCAUCCAGGCGGGCCCGUCGUCGGCGGGCGUGUUCGCGGCGACGCCGGCGCCCGCGCAGCGCACCUACAUCUGGAGCGGGGUGCUCGAGUGGAUGGAGAAGGGGAAGACGCCCGGGGACCAGCAGAAAGUCAUCAAGCAUCUACCGUGUCAAGUAUCCGCAAACUCAAAAGAUAUCGAGCCCGAACUGAAAGUGGACACUUGGCCGAGCAAGCUGUUAAUGCAACUAAUGCCGAAACAUUUGAUCAGCAACAUCGGCGGUCAGUACCUGAAGGACAGCAAAUCCGUGCUGUUCCAUUUGCAACAGAACGAGGCGCUGGACGCCCUUACCAAGGUCAUGGUUAAUGGAUUUGCUGGUUGUGUUCACUUUUCACCGAUGUCGUCACCUCCGCAGUGCGACAUCAAGGUGCUGAUCCUGCUGUACACGCCGGACAAGAAGGCCUACCUCGGCUUCAUACCCAACAAUCAGGCCACCUUCGUCGACCGGCUGCGGAAGGUGAUCCAGCAGCAGAAAAUGAACAAGCAGCUGCCGUCGCCUGCGAGUGCGGCGCCCGGCCCGCCCGCCGCCAUGACCGCUACAGGUCUAGGAGGAGGCAUGCAAGCAGGAAUGGGAAUGGGGGGCGGAGGCCUUGCUGGGGCUCUAUCUUCUGUACCUUCCAUGUCCAAUCAACAAGCUCAGCAACAUCAACAGGGUAUGAUGAUGGGCGGCGGCAUGGGCGGUCAGGUGGGACAAGUCGGACAAGUUAAUCAAGUAGGCCAAGUCGGUCAACUGGGAGGCAAAGGACCUCGCUCUGCACCUUUAGACGGUCUGGAAGCAGCUCGACAGCAAAAUCUGGAGAAGAUCCAACACUUGCAGCAGACCCUGGAGGCGGCUCACCAGCAGGAGGCGCAGUUCAAGUCCCAGAUGGACAUAAUGUCGCACCUCCACGCCGCCCAGCAACAGGAGCAACAUUACAAGCAGCUAGAGGAGCAGCAGCGCAAGGCGCAGCUGCAGGCGCAGCUCCAGCAGCUGCGCGGCGCCGGCGCCCGCCUCGUGCGCCCGCUGCUGCCGGCCAACCCGGGCCUGAGGCAUCUGCUGCAGCAGCAACAGCAGGCGGCGCGCGGCGCUCGUCCGCACAUGUGAGCCGCACCCGCUAACAGCCGCAAUACCGACCGGGUGGAGGAGCCGUCAGGCCGAACACUCAACCUCAACAAUUUGACGAUGUGUCCAACUACAACGAUUUUCUAUAAAAAAAA